GAACUUGUAACAGAACACACACCUCACACAGGCAGAGUAGCAGGUUUCUGGAAUGGAUCACUGGAGCAGACAGACUGGGGAAUGCUGAGGAGACAAUGCUGGAGAGAACACUAGAGAAUCCUGGAGUAGGCGGAACAGCAGUUUUAUUCCAAAAUGUUGCAGUUUUUCCUGAUUCUCUCUGCAGUUUAUGCCAUGGGCAUGGCAGCGCCUUUACCUGAUCUUUUCUCUUACUCACCUGCUGUUGGGGACGGCAGUGGGACUGAAUUUUCCACUGCCAGUGAGGGUCGUAUCACUGGUAUCAGAGUCUGGGAAUACAAUAACUACUGGGGCGGCUAUAUCUCUGGGUUCCAGCUGAGGUACGAGAGUAACUGGACAGCAGCGGUUGGUGUAAAUAGUGGCAAUCUGAUGGAAAUGACACUCUAUGACAAAGAAGUAAUUAUUCAGAUCUCUGGAAAGUAUUACUCUGGUUACGUCUAUGAGGUUGUGUUUAUCACUAAUCAGGGGCGCUUAUUUAAAGUGGGACAGUCUAGUGGGGCCUCAUUUAACUUCUAUCCAACCCAGAAAGGAAAUGAGCUGCGUUUUCUCAGUGGACGACAGAAUGGAAGUGGCAUCACCUCUAUUGGGGCUCACUGGGCCGCAAUACGUACUGCACCUGGGAAACCCUGACAUUAAUUUUUAUCUUCUCAAAUUUUAAUUUAAUGUGACCUCACUACAGAGAAACAGAGAAAAAUGUAUCUUGUACUUGAAUAUCUUUGAUCAUUUGAUUAUGUUAAGGAGAUGUUCUUAUACCUAAGGCAGUUUGUCUCAUUCAGUAAAUUGUUAAAAUAAAAAGUGUAUUAAAUAAAAAUGUAUGAAUAAAC